UAAUGUGUUCUUUAAUUUUCAGUAGAGGUGUAUCUAAUUUGGUUCUUUCAUGGGUGUUAGCCUGUUCGGAGGGGCACAAAUGGUGGUGUGACAAAAGCAGGACUCCUGGCAGCUAUGGCAGCCGGCAGUGUCACUGGACUGACAUUUGUACUCUUUGGAUUUCUCACCACAAAAUGUACAUAUGAUGCAGCUCUGAAGCAGUUAUUGGUUAUUCCCCUCUCUACACUGGCAGGAUUAUUUGGAAGUGUCAUAGAUUCUCUGCUAGGAGCAACACUGCAAUUCAGUGGAUUCUGUACUGUUCGUAAAAAGGUUGUUGGAAAACCAGGACCAACAGUGAAGAAAAUUUCAGGUCUUACCAUUCUUGACAACAAUGCCGUGAACUUUGUGUCGAUAAUGCUGACAUCAGUGCUUACUGCUGUUGCCUGUGUGUACAUAUUUUGAAAUCCAAUAAUGUGUACUGAAUUAUAUGAAUUUUGAGAAUGAAUAAUUCAGAUACGAAAUGUAUCCUUAAUACAAACUCAUUGAAGCUGGCAUAAUAAAAGAUGAGAUUUUCAUUUGGUUUUCUGAA